CUCUGCAGUACAUAGAUAUACAAAACUCAAACAAGUGCAGUGGGAUAAUACUAGUAUCUUCUUGCUUUAUGGUGAUUGUGAAGCAUUAAGAAUGGAGAAGAUAGAGCACAAGUCCAUUCAAGUGAACGGACUUAAACUUCACGUAGCAGAAAUCGGGUCAGCGUCAGGGGCGCCAACUAUCUUGUUUCUGCAUGGCUUUCCACAGUUAUGGUACUCUUGGCGUUUCCAAAUGAUUGCUGUUGCAGAUGCUGGAUACAGAGCUAUUGCACCCGACUUUCGCGGCUACGGGUCGUCUGACCCGCCUGUCGAACCCGAGGAGGCUACCUUUGAUGACUUUGUGGCGGAUGUGGCUGCUAUUCUUGAUGCUCUUCGCAUUUCUAAGGUCUUUGUUAUCGGUCAAGAUUUUGGAGCCGUGGUUGCUCACCGGUUUGCCCUUGGCUACCAAGAAAGGAUCCAUGGGAUUGCAACAUUGGGCGUGCCGUUUACGCCACCAGGCCCUGUUGACUUCAAAAAUACCCUGCCCGAAGGCUUCUACGUUACAAGAUGGCAGGAACCUGGUAGAGCUGAAGCUGACUUUGGCCGCCUGGAUGCUAAAACCGUGUUACGCAACAUCUACAUCCUAUUUUCCAGCAGCAAAUUGCCAAUUGCACCGGAGAACCUGGAGAUCAUGGAUUUAGUGAAGCCAUCUACUCCUCUUCCGUCUUGGUUCUCAGAGCAAGAUCUUGCAGUCUAUGGGGCAGCCUAUGACAUAUCUGGAUUCCGAACUGCACUGCAGGUUCCAUACAGAGAUUUUCUUUCGAAGAAAAGCACACAGCAACCAAAUACACCAGAACCAAGAGUCGACGUCCCUGCUCUACUUAUAGCUGGUGAGAAGGACUAUGCAUUCAAAGUCGGCGAUAUGGAGAAUUACAUAAGGAGUGGAGCUGUUAAAAUUUAUGUCCCGAACUUGGAAACUGAAUACAUACCUGAAGGAUGCCAUUUCAUCUCGGAGCAAUUUCCUAAUGAGGUGAACAGAUUAAUACUGUCAUUUAUCAGUAAAAACAUUCAAGAAUGAAACCUGGAGACAUCGGCGAGGAAACCAAGUGUGAAAUGUAUUGAGGUUCUGUCAAAAUAAUUGUAAAAAUGUUUAGUACUGUGUAAGCUAAUAAGUUUUGGUUACAGUUCGGUCCUUUUGCUGUUGUCAUUACAGUUCUCUAUACUGUUUAAGACAUUGCUGGCGUGUGAAUUAUGUGCAACUUUCCGUAGUAGUAUUGUGUUGUGAAUUUUUGAAGACCAAAUUAUAUUCGGUGAUAGAAGUGCAUUUUGUAUAUCAGUAUUUUUUUGGCGUUACACCUCUUACAAUACUGGUGUUUAAAAAUGCUCAAUUGAAAUACCAAGCUGUGUCAUUCCA